CACCGCCCGGUACCAUGGCGGAUGUAUUUUGAAUGAGCAACAAAAAUGGCAGCCACCACCGGUCGAUCAUGCUUACAGUAUUUAAUUCAUCUUGCCCAGGAUAAUCUUGAUUUUAGAUUACCGGAAAUUAAGUCUUUGCUGGCUUUGAGAGGAAAACCAUUUCGUCCUUGUGAAAACUACAAAGAAAAGACUCCUUUCUGGGUUUUGGGGGAGUUAUGUGAAGAAGAUGUUCAUGGCAUCAUGACGAGAUCCGUUUGUGCAAAGUCUGCUUUUGAAUUGUGGGGUCAUGGGAAGACACACUGUGAACUCAAAACAUCCCUCUUGAAGUAUCCCAAAGAGAACAUGUCUCCGUACACACAGAAGGACUCCACAUACAGAAUCAACGUCUACACUUUUAACAAGACGCUGGAGUUUAAGGACAGGAUUGAAAGGAUUGAUGCUUUGUACUAUCUGUCAUUUGAUGGUACUGUGAACCUGAAGACCCCACAGCACACCUUCUGCUUGUUGGAAGACUACGGCACCGAUCCAAAUAACAUCCCAGAUCAACCUCUCUAUGUCUACUUUGGCCGAUGGAUAGCAGACGGCCAGCGCGAACUGAUCCGCUCGUACUCCGUCAAGAACCGCCACUUCAUAGGGAACACCAGUAUGGAAGCCUGCCUGUCCUUCAUCAUGGCCAACCAUGCCGGGGUCAAGAAGAACGACCUCGUCUUCGACCCCUUCGUCGGUACCGGUAGUCUACUGAUUGCCUGUUCUCAUUUCGGAGCCUAUGUGUGCGGCACCGACAUUGACUACAACACCAUUCACGGGAAAGGUAGAUCCAGCCGCACGAACCAGAAGUGGCGUGGGCCUGACGAGAACAUCCGAGCUAACCUGCGUCAGUACGGGAAGGAGAAGACCUACGUGGACGUGAUGGUGUCAGACGCCUCCAAAUGCAUCUGGAGGACGGGGUUGCACUUUGACGCCAUCAUCACCGACCCGCCCUACGGUAUCCGCGAGUCCACGCGGAGAACUGGCUCCCACAAGGAUGUGACCAAACCGCCUGAGGACUACUUUGGAGAGAGCCACGUCCCCGUCUCCAUGGCGUACCAUCUGAGCGACAUCUUUGCAGAUCUGCUCACCUUUGCCGCCCACCACCUGGUCAUGGGAGGCCGGCUGGUGUACUGGUUACCUGUCCACAGUCCAGAGUACUGUGAUGAGAUGGUCCCCCUUCACCCGUGUCUCAAGAUGAUCAGUAACAGUGAGCAGACACUUUCCAGCCACACCUCCCGCCGCCUCAUCACCAUGGAGAAGUUCAAGGAGCCCGAGGAGUCAGACGCCCUGGUGGACAUGUCGGAGCCUUGCUACAGCCCUUACCAGGGACACAACGCCUUCAGGGAGAAGUACUUCAGCGGAGUGAACAAGAGGGGCCUGAAGGAAGAGGAGGAUAAGAUGCACAUCAACGGGGUUUGAGGGGCAGAUCUGUCCCGUCCGACUGAAUGCUAACCUCUAGUGGUGCUGCUAAGGCAACUAAAACACGCCCUGAUACUUUCCAAAAUGUUUUUUUUUUUUAUUAAUUGUUGUAUUGUUUACAGCAUUUUAAUGAUGAUGUUGCUAUGCCACUGUUAUUUUUAAAAUAAAGGGUUACAAA